CCUGGCUUGGCUUUGUGCAACCAAUUAAGUCUGGAACACUUGUUGUUCAUCCCGGAUGUCUAAAUCCUGCUUGUGUGCAGGGACACAACUGCAGUUCUUAAUCUCCCAAAUAUAAUCACGUUAAUACAACACUUAAUUAAUAUUCUGUAGAUAGGUACUAGGUGACCGCAGAGAAAGAUGCGGAACUAAUGAAUAUCUUUGUCUGUAGUCGGACUGUUGUUUCAGACGGAACGCAAAGCAUCCGUUGACGCAGAGAUCGUUUAUGAGACUUCGGUGUGGAAUACAGUCACGGGAAAAAUCAUUAGUUUGACCUCGGUCGAUCGAGGGACAUUAUUGGUCUUUACUGUAAUGUAACUGCCGUCACUAUUUAGGAUGGACGGAAGAAUUUCCGAGUUAACCGGUGCCACUCUCCCCCUCUCGACUCUUCGCCUCCUGGUCUCGCCCAUUCGGCUGGUAUCUGCUGCCAUCUGGCAGACUGUGGAGCAGAAAGUCGUGUCGGACUACGGGCUACUUGAGGAGUUUGUAUUUAUGGUCACAGAGAUUGUUCCUCAACUCCUCACCACAAGACAGCGAGCUGAGCUCAUUUUAGGUCUCAGAGCACGACUGAUCCUGGAGCUGUGUCGCUCUGAUGAAACUGCCGACCUCCAUGUUAUUCAGCCACAUCUUGAACGAAUGCAGAACCUCAGAUCUCUGUGGAAUGUAGAGUCUGACGCAGGUCAAGAAGCGUCCAAUUCUCAUUUCAUGGGCCUCGUUAGAAAUCUGCUGAGGGAUCCCGAAGAAAGAAUGAACUUCUUCCAGGAUGUUUUCCCGGGAGACUUUGGGCCCACAUAUGACAAAGCAAUUCAGACCCUGAUGUGGCUGUUUCUGUCCAGACUUGAAAAGCUUCUUCCUACUCAAACUCUCCAACAGAUCGCUUCGCUGUUGGGCGACACCUCGUCUGUUCUUCAUGAAUGCAUGGAGACUUUUGUCCAGCCUGAGGAUCUCAAAGUCUUGCUGAGCACUCAAAAGGAUCACAUCCAGUUAGAAGACAUUGAGUCUUACGUAGUUGACAGUGGCAUCCUGUCAGCCCUCUGUCUCCCCCAUGUGGAAAGAGUUGUGAUCGUCAACGAGCAAACAGAAACGGAUGCAGAGAGAAGCCUCAUGUAUACUGUGUGCACAGAGAUGGAGGUAGAGUCUGAGAACAAAGAGAUGUAUAUGGAGGGAAGUGGGAACUCAGAAGAGGGUGUCCAGACCCAGUGGUAUGGCCUCAGCGGUGAGGUGAAAACAGAAAUGGACAGUGCAGUGGUUCCAUCUGAAGGCGCUGAGGCCAGCGAGGGUGAAAUCGCAGAUGACCAUCACGAGGAACAGUCUGAGACACUGAUCAUCGGGGAGGACGGCCAGGUAACGGUGCUGGACGGGACCCAAAAAAAGCCAAACAGACGUGGGAGGAAAAAGAAGCAACCUGCAGAUCAAGACUUUGUGGUGGGAAGCAGAGCGAAGGACACGUGGGAGGACCCAGGGGGCGACGUGUUGUGGGAGCGACCAGUGCGCAAGAACCGAGGGCUGAAGAUGAAGCGGUAUUUGUCGCAGUGGAGGAGAUCAGGAAGUAAUGCCACCAGCAGCGGCCCUAAAAAGUUCACCAGAUCCCAGGGUUCAACCAAAAGCAGCGACUUGGAUGACAGAACAUGCAAAGUCUGUGGCAAAGUGGUGAGCCAAGCCAAGUUCUUAGCACGACAUAUGAGCCAGCAUGAAGAGCCCGUCGCUUGUCCUUUAUGCAAAAGGUUGUAUAAGAGUUUACGUUACUUAGAGCAGCACAGAUGUACGGGUUUAGCUAAAUCAAAGAUGGACACGAAUGAAACUGCAGCAGAUGAAGGUGAACAAUCAUCCAGCGAGGUUCCUCAUGAAGAGCAACCAUCGGACAGCACUGCCCAGGAUCCCGACUACUCCCCGUCUGCAGAGGGGUCUUCUAAAGGAUCAGUACAGAAAAGCCCCGAAGGAAGCAAAAGUCUCCUAGAAGGACCGUUUUACUGCCCCCACUGCAGCGUUGAGUUCAAGUGCAAACAGACAUUUAGGUUUCAUUUAAGAAACAUUUGCUACAGCGAGCAGCAGGUGGAUCCAGAGAAGAUAGAGGACGUUAAGCACUGCUUCAGGUGCAGCGAAUGCGACAAGGCGUUUAAGUACAAAUCUACGUUAGAUUCCCACAAACAGACCCACAACCCACUCUACUGCGAGGUGUGUAUGAAGUUAGUUCGCGACUCAGAGGCGCUGGCCAUGCACAAAGAAUCCCACACGCCGUUUCAGUGCAACCAGUGCGAGGAGAACUUCCCAGUCUUCAAGGCUCUUCAUAAACAUUACAUCGACGUCCACAACCCCACCGAGCCGUUCACCUGCACCCACUGCCAGACCACAUUCGCCAGUUUGAAGCGCUUCAUCAGACACGAGUGGAAGCACACGGGUUACCAGCCUUUCCAGUGCACCUACUGCAGCAAGCGCUUCCGCUCGUACUCCGACCUGGUGGAGCACCAUAAAAAGCACACUAAGGCCUACCCUUUCCUUUGCUGGGAGUGUGGCAAGAAGUUCAGGCACAGUGUGACGCUGACGAGGCACGUGGAGCGGGUGCAUCAUUCCGGAGAGCCGGUGACAGAGAAACCUGCCGCCAUCUUCACCUGCGCUCAGUGCGGGAAGAGUUUCACCUCCAGACGGUGCCUUUUGAAACAUGACAACUUCCAUCACAAAGGGCUGCGAUUCCCCUGCGAGCACUGCGGGAAGGGAUUCUUUGGGAAGGACGCCCUGGUGAGGCACACGUUGAUUCAUACGGGCGAACGGCCAUUUAAGUGUGACGACUGCGAUAAGUCUUUCAGGUCUGCGGCAGAACUAAAGAUACACAGGAGGUACCACACUGGGGAACGACCGUUCAAAUGCAACAUCUGUGAGAAAGGUUUCGUCCAGUCUUGUUUUCUGACGUUACACAUGAGAACCCACACUGGAGAGAGGCCGUAUGUGUGUGCAGUGUGCAACAAGGCCUUUUCAAGCCUGCAUGGCCUUAAGAGACACAGGAGACUUGUUCAUGCUUAGGUCAUAUUAACAUACUAACCCUUAUAAUAAGUUUAGCAUCAGCUGUUCGAGCAUAAGGAAACGCAGACUGAACGUCUCUGUCUGGCCAGGAGGUUAAACCAAGUUUUACAGCUCAGUCUUCAGCGCUCUCACCACGAUUGCCACGAGCUUGGAUCGUUAGUAAAUGUGUAAUUGUACUGCAUUAAAAAAAUAUCUUUGUAUUUUUUACAGAUGUUUGCUGUAGCUCUGCUUAAGAUUUGUAUAUGUAAAUGAUUUAAGAUUUAAUUCAUUCAAGAAUAAAUUCCCUUUGUUAAAUAAAAAACUAUAACAUGU